CUAACUAUGUAAUUCGUUUUAAUAUUUUGUUCGUUACAAUUCAAUUCAUUAUAGGAUACCGCAUGACUUGUUUUGUCAUUUGUUGAUGUAAAGAAAUUAAAUUUCACAUUGUAAUUAAUAUUACGUUUAUCCAGAUAAAAUGCCUUAUCCUCUGUUAGCAGAUUCAAUCACUCUCGAAUUAGAAGCACAAGAGCCAUGGCCUCAGCUAAUUACUUUGUAUCAACCGUAUGAGGUUGAACAAAUACUGUUACCUGACAAUGCAAAUUGUUUAGCUGUACAAGCGUUCCUUAAAAUGUGCGGCCUUGAUUUUCAAAUAGAACCAAGAAGCAACGCAGAAUAUAUGUCUCCGUCUGGUCGUGUACCAUUUAUUAAGUGUGGACAAUUUUUAAUAUCUGAUUUCGACUCUAUUGUAACAUUCAUAGGAAACAAAGGUACAAGUUUAUCGGAUCAUUUAUCUGCAAAUUGUAAAGCAGAUAUGAGGGCUUAUAUAUCAUUAGUGAAUAAUAUAUUUAUAAAUGCUGAGUUAUACAUUUGUUGGGUUGAUGAAACAACUUUAAACGAAGUGACUAAAAUAAGGCAUGGAAGUGUAUAUCCAUGGCCAUUGAAUCAUUAUUUAAAUUGGCAAAAAAGGAAAGAGGUCAUUAAAAAACUCAAUGUACUUGGCUGGUAUAAUAAAACAUUAGAAGAAGUAUGUAAGGAAGUUCAAAAUUGCUGUACAGCAUUGUCAGAAAGAUUGGAAGGUAGUGAUUACUUUUCUGGAGAGAAACCUACUGAAGUAGAUGCUCUUGUAUAUGGUCAUAUCUGUGCCCUAUCUAUGAUCAAUCCUUCUCUUCCACGUACUGUUCAAAAGAUUACUGCAACUGUACAAGAGUUUCCUAAACUUCUUGAACAUGCAUCAAGAAUUGGACGAAACUACCUGAAUAACUGUAUGCUUGAAUCUGCUUGUGACUUUGAAAUGUGUGCAUCUUCUUCCAAAGAAACCCUAUGGAAUUAUUCUGAAUCAAUUGAAGCAUUGCCACCACUUUCAGAAGAUUCUUUCGAAAUUCUCCUUUUGAAUCCUUGAAUCCUUUUAACACCAACAUACAUUUGUUGUCAUAUUCAAAUUACAUGAAAUAUAUUUAUUUUACCUACUAAUUUAUAGUUAACUAUUCUUUUAUUUAAUUAC